AUGCGCCGACUGACGAAACGAACGGUGGAGGAUUUCGUAAAGUCCGAUUCUAGCGACGAAGAUUAUGACGACCGGACCGCGCGAACCCGAAAAGCCACCGCAUCUAAAGCGAAAUCGAAGAAGCACCCGGCUAAAAAGCAAAAACGGCGCGAUGACUCUGACGAUGAGCUAUCCGAAAUCUCUGAUGACAUCUCCAUGGACGAUGAAAUUGAAGAGGAUGAAGAGGACCCCGAUGUGGAGAGGACUGCAAGAGGCUACGUAAAGAGGCAAGCUGCAAAGAAGGCCACCAGCUUUCAUAUCAGCUCGGGUUCGGAAGAUGAUUUUGAGGAAGACCAGGAUGAAGAGAACGAAGAGGAUGAAGAACACCAACCGCAACAAACCGUCGUCAAAGCGACAGCCGGCCAGCCCACACCUCGAUUGUUAUUAAAACUGCAUGUCUCACAGCCUCAACCGAAACCGCCAGUUACUCGAACGACAAGAUCUACCCGAGUUAGAAGCAGCAGCAUUCAAGAACCAGAAACACAAUUCGCGACUCGGUUCGGCAAUAGACGAGUUACCCGUCAGAAUCGCGAUGAAUCCGAAGAUAUUGUUGCUUUGUCGGGAUCUGGACGUCAUGUGGAGAUGGUCCGUCAGGGAACGCGUAGCCCCGAAGUUGCGACGCGUACUCGCAAGACAGUGCAAACCGCUGUAACAACCGGUGCGAUCGCAGAAGAAGAGGAAGAAGAGGAAGAGGACAAUAACGAAGCAGAACAUUUUAUGGCCGACGGGCAAAUCGCCACGCCCGAGCGGGAGCAGGAUGUCGUGAAAGGGUCCCAGCUUGAGGUCCUGGAAAGUGACCCCCAGCGAGGUUUUGAAGACGAGCUAUUUGCUGUAGUUGCGUCAGAUCAUAUCCAUUCAGUUCCUGGCACUCAGAAGCCCGAGGACCAGGAAAUGGUCGACGAAACGACUGUUCCCGAGUCAGAACAUGGAGCCGAAGCCGGGGAGGAAGACGAUGAAGAUGACGACGGUCCGAGAUCUGGAAGGAGGACCAGGCAGCAACGACAAAGAGACGAACCUGUGGAGGAAAUAGAAGAGGAAGUGGAAACCGGAGCAAAGGAAACCCCUCGACUGCGCCGUUCCAGCCGUAAAAAUGCGGGAAAGAUUCCCCGUAAACAGCAGGAUGACGGGAGCGACUUUGAACCUGCCGAGGACGAAGCGGUCGAUGACGAUGAUCUCUCGGAUUCACAGCCUUCUCACGCUUCUCCCCGUAAACAGAAUCAAAUCCUCGAUGAAGUGGAAGAGAGUAGCAACGGUCGUCGGUCAGGUCUACGCAAGCGAGGUGGUAAUUCACAGGCCGGUGCGGAAUCCGAAGCAGACGAGUUGGCGGAAGAAUUGGCCGAGUUGAAAAGGUCUCGACCACGUCGUCGUUUAAAGCCUGACAUCGUUUACGAAAAGCCACGUCGUACCAGGAAGUCGGUUGACUAUAGGAUUAUCAGGCCAGAGUUGGCUCUGCCCAUUGAAGAAGCCGAAAACGAGGUUACUGAAUCUCCUUCUCGCCGGCCCCGUGGUGGAGGUGGUGGGUGGCAGAGGAGCUUAUUUUCGACUUAUGGUCCCUUUGGAGGCGGUGGUGGCCCACCACCGCUACUGGGUGGUCCGCAUCCGCUUGGUGCUAUCGGAGGAGUAGAGAGUGAUAGCAGUGACGACGAUGCAGCCCAGCGACCCAAGCCAGGAGGUUUGACCGGAGUACCAUCUGGAUCAGGACUCGGAAAUACAGGCAAUCUCGGCGUGCCCGGUCAAUUGCAUAACAAUGACGCUGCCCAAGGCCCAUCUGGGACGCCGGCUAACCUGGGCAAGGUCAAAGACCGUCAAGCCCUUGCGGAUUCCGACCCGUUAGGUGUUGAUCCUAACGUCAAUUUUGACAGCGUUGGUGGAAUGCAAGGACAUAUCGAUCAGCUAAAAGAGAUGGUGUCAUUACCACUCCUCUAUCCGGAAGUUUUCCAGAAGUUGCGCAUUGUUCCCCCUCGUGGCGUUUUGUUCCAUGGGCCACCAGGCACAGGAAAGACAUUGCUGGCGAGAGCGUUGGCCACAAGUGUAAGCACAGAGGGGAAGAAGGUGACCUUUUACAUGAGAAAGGGAGCCGAUGCUCUUAGUAAAUGGGUUGGUGAGGCAGAAAGGCAGUUGCGUCUUCUUUUCGAGGAGGCUCGCAAGAACCAGCCCAGUAUCAUCUUUUUUGAUGAGAUUGAUGGCCUUGCUCCUGUAAGAUCGAGCAAACAAGAACAAAUUCAUGCUUCUAUCGUUUCAACGCUCCUUGCGUUGAUGGAUGGCAUGGACGGUCGUGGCCAAGUAAUAGUUAUCGGAGCAACAAAUCGGCCUGAUUCAAUAGACCCGGCACUUCGACGCCCUGGCCGUUUUGAUCGAGAAUUUUACUUCCCUCUUCCGAACACCGAAGCUCGCAGGGCUAUCAUAGAUAUACAUACGAAGAGUUGGGAUCCGGCAUUAUCGAACGAGAUCAAAGAUGAGUUGGCACAGUUAACAAAGGGCUACGGCGGUGCAGAUCUGCGAGCUCUGUGUACGGAAGCAGCAUUGAACGCCGUUCAAAGAAUAUAUCCACAAAUAUACCUGUCCAAGGAAAAGCUGUUGAUUGAUCCCGCAAAGAUUCGCGUUACUCCUAAAGAUUUUAUGAUCUCGUUAAAAAAGAUUGUCCCUUCAUCUGAGCGGUCGGCUUCCUCUGGUUCUUCUCCGCUUCCCCCGGCUGUGGAGCCCUUAUUGCGACACCCUCUGCGGGAACUCAAGGAGAUAAUCAGUCGAAUCUUGCCGCAGAAAAAGUCCCUCACUGCCUUGGAAGAGGCACAAUAUGAGCAGCCGGAGGAUGAUGCUGCAUUCAGACAUGAGCGUGUGCAGCAGGCAUUUGAAAGGUCCCGUGUUUUCAGACCAAGACUUCUAAUCCGUGGACGGCCUGGGAUGGGUCAACAAUAUCUAGCAGCUGCCAUCCUCCAGCAUUUCGAGGGUGUACACGUUCAAUCGUUUGACCUUCCCACACUUUUGAGCGAUCCUGUCAAAUCCCCAGAGACCGCAAUCGUGCAUCUUUUCGCAGAAGUCAAGCGUCAUAAACCAAGCGUCAUCUACAUACCGAAUAUUGAAACUUGGUACCAUACAGUGGAAAGGACAGUCAUCUCGACUUUUCUCGGAUUACUUCGUUCUUUACCUCCAACCGACCCGAUCUUGUUGCUUGGAGUGCUGGAGAGUGAAGAAGAGGCCGAUCAUGAAAUGAUGAAGUCCCUUUUUGGCUUUUCACAGAAAAGUCGAUAUAACCUCCAUGCACCAAAAGAAGCAUGGCGACACCAAUUUUUUGAAUCGACCAUAACUUAUAUCGCUACAGCACCGAAUGAUUUCCCUGAUCCAGAAAACCGGAAGAAACGAAAACUUGAAACCCUACAAAAGGCGCCCCCCGUCCCUGCUGCAGGCCCUGCACCCCUGAGCAAAGAAGAGCUGAAGGCGCAGAAGAAAAAAGAUCGUCAGACUUUGAAUCUGCUCAAGAUCAGAAUUCAACCUAUCAUGGAUCAGAUUAAGAGAAGCUACAAGAGGUUCCGAGUUGGCCCGGUCGACGAAGCCCAGAUCCGCUACUUGUUUGAUGAUGAUGACCCCAACAUCGUCACGUCCGAUCUCCCGUUGGAGCAAAGAACUACAUUCCGGCCUUUCGAGAGGGACGAAGACAAAGCCGGUGUCCCCGGGCUCCGAGAGGUAGUGUCUGGUAAAUUCUAUUACAAUAUGGACACUGUUAUCAUCGAGAAGCGCCUAUCAAAUGGGUAUUAUAAGCGACCUAAAGACUUCCUUCUGGAUAUUAAACGCUUAGCAAAGGAUGCAAAAAUGCUAGAUGAUCCUGACCGUUUGUUGAAAGCGAACGAGCUUUUGUCGAAUGUCGAAGUUGAUAUCGGGCUAAUUGAGCAAACGGAGCCUGCCUUGGUAGCGGAGUGCGAGAAUGUUUACUUUCGAGAAUUGGAAAGAGAACGACGGGCUAUCGAGAGAGCAAAGCAGGCAGAAAGUACACACAAUACCAUGGGGCCUCCACCAUCCAUGAAUGUCGCCCAUGGCGUCGAAUCAUCCAACCAAUCGUCUGGCCCUGUUGUCCUAGGAGAAACUUUUGGGCCUUCAGGCAACGGCUAUCCCGCACGACCAGUCACUCCACAGACUGGGAGCAGUUCUUUGACAAAUGGUGUUCCUCCGCAUGAUGGUUCGGACGUCCACCACAGCGGGCCGCGUCCGAUUAGCAAUGGGUCUACAUCCCAGUUCAAUCAGAGUGGUGACGGCGAUGGCGACAUCCAGAUGUCCAACACCGAAGAUACAUCUGGCUUCAGCCGUGAAACCCAGAAUAGUUCAUUUGGACAGUCUGCCCAACCAAGACCGCCCCACUCGUACACAGCGCCGUCGCAGCAGCUUCUGCAGCAGUCUGGCCUUUCCAAUCUGUCGCAGAAGGGCACAAUGACUCCAAUGGCACCAGGCUCACAGCCAGGGGAUUAUGUCAAUGAUGCGUCAACCACUCAAACAACUUCGGAUAAAAAGAAUUCGGGCCCCUCCGAAACGCAACUCCACACGCAGACUUCUCUCAACUUUUCUAUGCGACACGAGGGACCCGAUCUUAACCUAUACCCGUACCGUGUUUCGGGCGACGAACAUUUGCCAGACACACAGCAGGGCGAGAGUGCUUGGGGAUCGCAGCAGACACCGUUGAGCGGAGGAGAAUACUCUCAAAUUAGCCUUCUCAACGGAAGCCAAUCCCAACCGAAGAACUCGCAACCCGGGUCACAACAGCCCCCUAUACCUCUCUUCCAUGCGACGCCUAGAACAAACAAUCAGCUCCAAGGGAUCCUCAACCCCGAAGACAGCCCUCGCAGCCCGGAGCUCGUUGUCGACCAUACAUUGACCAAGCAACUACAUUUGGAACUCACCACCAAAACUGAUGGGUUUUCGGUGGAGCAUUUGGAGCAGAUUAACACGAGUCUAAUGGAUUGUAUUUGGAACCUGCGCGGCGAGUGGAACAGGAGGCAUGUUGCGGAGGCGGUCAAGAGAGCUUUUGCUGAGGUUCUUCAUGACAUUGAUCUGAUGCAAGAAAUCAAUUAA